AUGAAAGGGAACUGGAAGCAGAAAGGUAAGAAGGCGACAAAGAAGAAGAAUGCAGUGUUACAGAAAUAUAUGGAGGCAGUGGAUGCCUUCGUUAAAAGCAAAAGUGGCUCUGAAGAAGCGGAGAGUGGCCACGGGUUGAGAUUUGUGAAAAAGAAGAGCAGAAAGGAGCUACGCAAGGAAAAGCGGAAAAUGAAAAAAGCCAAAAUGAAAAGUCACUACGAGGGCAAAAAGACUGUCUCCUUGCCCCCAACUGAUGGGGGAGACUCGGGAAUAAGAGCUGACAAACAACAGCAGCCACAGCUGGAGAAGAAGAAAACGAAGAAGGAUGGGUCGAAAUCGCAUCCAAGCAACCCUGCCAGUGCUCCUAAAGAGAAGGUAGUGGCUUCCGAAACACCAGCUUCUUCCAAGAAAGGCAAGCGAGGAACUAAGCUUCAGGAAACAAGAAAAAUGGCUCUUUUAGAGGCAAAUGAACAAGAGGACAGAGAAAUAAAGAAGCUGGAGCGAUGCCUCGGAUUGAACAAGAGGAAAAACAAAAAAAGUCUCCCUCAGUCUUUUGUGGCUGAUGGACUUGAUUACAUCCUUGGCGUGCUUGACUCAGCAUCAUCAGCCGUGGGGAUGUAUGAAGAUGAUGAAGAAGAUGACAUGGAAAUGGCCAAAGAGAACUUUGAAAAGCUGGAAGACUCUCAGAGGUCAGAUGAGGACCCAGAAGCUGAAAGUGAGAUGGCAAGUGAAGGCAGUGAUGAUGACACUGAUGAGGAUGAGGAUGAAAUCUCUAAUGAAGAGGAAGCAGAUGAAGAUGAUGAAAUGUCUAAUGAAGAGGAAGCAGAUGAGGAAAUGGACCAGGAUGAGCUUAAUGAGAGCAAUGCGGCUGACUCGGAGGAUGAAAAAGAAGGGGAAACAGACAGCCCCGAUACAAAUACGCAAACUGUCACCUCUGCAAGUGGCAAGUACAUACCACCUCACUUGCGGAACAUGGGAGAUGAUAAACGUAAAGCUGAGCUGGAAAAAUUGAAGAGGAACGUGAAAGGCUUGGUGAACAGGCUGAGUGAACCCAAUAUGUCGUCCAUCUGUGGUCAGCUAGAGGAGCUGUACAUGAGCUGCAGCAGGAAGGACAUGAACGACACCCUGACAGAGGUGCUGCUAGCAGCUUGCGUCACCCCGACCCUGAUGCCAGACAGAUUACUAAUGGAGCACAUCCUGCUUGUCAGCAUCCUCCAUCAUGCUGUGGGCUUGGAGGUGGGAGCCCAUUUUCUGGAGACAGUUGUGCGAAAGUUUGAUGAGGACUACAAGAACUUAAGUGGAGGCAAAGAGUGCGACAACCUGAUUGCCAUUGUUGCUCACCUGUAUAACUUCCAGGUGGUACAUUCUGUCCUCAUCUUCGACAUCCUAAAACAGCUGGUGGGAACAUUCACAGAGAAGGACAUUGAGCUGGUCCUGCUUGUGCUGAGGAAUGUGGGCUUCAGCCUGAGGAAGGACGAUCCUCUGGCUCUGAAGGAGCUCAUCUCUGAAGCUCAACGCAAGGCCAGCGACAUGGGAUCGAAGUUUCAAGAUCAGACCAGGGUGCGUUUCAUGCUGGAAACCAUGCUGGCUUUGAAAAACAAUGAUAUGAGGAAGAUCCCUGGCUAUGAUCCUGAGCCUGUGGAGAGACUGAGGAAGUUGCAGAGGACUCUGAUCCACAGGAGCACAAGUGGGAGUGACAUGAAGCUGAGGGUCUCUCUCGAUAAUCUCCUGGCAGCAGAGCAGGUGGGCCGCUGGUGGAUCGUCGGCUCAUCGUGGAGCGGAGCGCCCAUGAUCAGCAAGCAAGAGGACACAACCGUAAGACAAAGCCCUGCUGAAGGACAGUUUAGCGCCAAAGUUCUAGAGCUGGCGAGGAAACAGAGGAUGAACACUGAUGUCAGAAGAAACAUCUUCUGUGUGCUUAUGACCAGCGAAGAUUACAUGGAUGCAUUUGAGAAACUGUUGAGAAUGGGUCUGAAGGACAAGCAGGAGAGAGAGAUUGUACAUGUUCUGAUGGACUGCUGUCUCCAAGAGAAAAACUUCAAUGCCUUUUAUGCCGUACUGGGAGAGAAAUUCUGCUCGCAUGACCGGCGCUUCCAGAUGACUUUCCAGUUCAGCCUCUGGGACAAGUUCAGGGAGCUUCCCAGCCUUUCCAGCAGCACCUUUAACAAUCUGGUCCAGCUGGUCACGCGCUUCCUUCGGAGUAAAUGCCUCUCGCUCUCCAUUCUCAAAGUAAUAGAGUUUGGGGAACUAGAUAAGCCCACAGUGCGCUUCUUGCGUCAGGUGCUGACCAAGCUGCUGAAAGAAACUGAGCCUGAGGAGCUGGCCACGAUAUUUGGAAGGAUUUCAGGAAUUCCUAAGCUAGGAAUGCUGAGGGAGGGCUUGAAGCUUUUCAUCAGCCACUUCCUCCUGAAGAACGCCCAGUCCCAGGGACCAGCUGAGCAAGCAGCAGUGCUGUCAGAGCGCGCCCAACUCGCCACCAAAGCCAUGGAGGCCAAAGAGGCCAAGCUCAAACUGUAAAACACAGACACGCACACCAGAAACUCAAAAUAUGGACUGUGGGGAGAAAAAAAAAAAACAUGGAACAACAGAAGACCUAAUACAAAAAACACAAACCUGCUGUGUACUUAAAAAGGAAGCAAGUAGAUGAAGAUGAUUGAUUCUGCUAUUUUUGCCUUGGGAUGAUUUUGUACAUAAAUUUUAACAGGAAGUUUUUUACAUUUGGAAAUGAUUGAUUCCCUCAGACACACAACAGCGUUUAAUGGUGUGUACACUGUGUUAAAUAAUUGCAUUGUUCAUGCUUUUGUACAUUUGUUGUUGGAAGAAAAUAUCUUGUACCUUAAGUGAAUCAGUGAAAACCUCAAUAAAUUAAGCUUUGA